UUAGCCGGAGCCGCGGGCGAGCGCGGCAAAGCGGGGUCUGCUGGAGAAAUUCGGCGCGGGAGGCGCGUCCGCAAGCUCCGCCGCAGCAGCGCGCCGCAGUUCGGGCCCCCCUCUUCCUUCCCUCCCCUCCCCUGCGCUCCGGCCUGGGGUCUCGGGGCGGGGAGCGGAGGGAAGGGACGAAGGAGGAGGAACCGAAAGCCGAGUGAGGGGCGGAGGGGGUCCCGGCGCGGGGCGAGGCUCGCACUGCCUCCCCUUCUCCGGCAGUCGCCGCUUCCUCGCCGGGUGCGGCGGCCCGAGUGCGGGGCUCCCGGGCGCCCGCAGUAUGCAGGCGGACUGCCGGCCACCGCGAUGGCGAGCCGGGCGAUGGUGAGAGCCGGGCGCAGUCGGCAAGGUCCUGGAGUCCGGGCCGCGGCCGCCGCCCCCGCCCGGGCCGCGCUCCCCCUCUCCGGCUCCUACGCCCUGCCUCUCCUCUCCAAGUGCUCCUCCUCCUUCUCCUCCUCCUCCUUCCCCAUGCCUCUGUUCCUCCUGCUCUUACUUAUCCUGCCCCUGCUGCUCGAGGACGCUGGAGCCCAGCAAGGUGAUGGAUGUGGACACACUGUACUAGGUGCUGAAAGUGGAACUCUUACGUCCAUAAACUACCCGCAGACCUAUCCCAACAGCACCGUUUGUGAAUGGGAGAUCCGUGUAAAGACAGGAGCUAGAGUGCACAUCAAAUUUGGUGACUUUGACAUUGAAGAUUCUGAUUCUUGUCACUUUAAUUACCUGAGAAUUUUUAAUGGAAUUGGAGUUAGCAGAACUGAAAUCGGCAAAUACUGUGGUCUGGGGUUACAAAUGAACCAUUCAAUUGAAUCAAAAAGCAAUGAAAUUACAGUUCUGUUCAUGAGUGGAAUCCAUAUUUCUGGACGAGGAUUUUUGGCCUCAUACUCUGUUAUAGAUAAACAAGAUUUAAUUACUUGUUUGGACACAGCAGCAAGUUUUUUGGAACCUGAGUUCAGUAAGUACUGCCCAGCUGGUUGUCUGCUUCCUUUUAUUGAGAUAUCUGGAACAAUCCCUCAUGGAUAUAGAGAUUCCUCACCCUUGUGCAUGGCUGGCAUACAUGCAGGAGUCGUGUCAAACAUUUUGGGUGGCCAGAUCAGUGUUGUAAUUAGUAAAGGUAUCCCAUACUAUGAAAGUUCCUUGGCAAACAACGUCACAUCUGUGGUGGGACACUUAUCUACAAGUCUUUUUACAUUUAAGACAAGUGGUUGUUAUGGAACACUGGGGAUGGAAUCUGGGGUGAUAGCCGAUCCUCAAAUAACAGCAUCAUCUGUGCUAGAGUGGACUGACCACAUGGGGCAGGAGAACAGUUGGAAGCCAGAAAAGGCCAGGCUGAAAAAACCUGGACCUCCUUGGGCAGCUUUUGCCACUGAUGAAUAUCAGUGGUUGCAAGUAGAUCUGAAUAAAGAAAAAAAGAUAACAGGCAUUGUAACCACUGGCUCCACCAUGGUGGAGCAUAAUUAUUAUGUGUCAGCCUACAGAAUUCUGUACAGUGAUGAUGGGCAGAGAUGGACUGUGUACAGAGAGCCUGGUGUGGAGCAAGACAAGAUAUUUCAAGGAAACAAAGAUUAUCACCAGGAUGUGCGUAAUAACUUUUUGCCACCAAUUAUUGCACGUUUUAUUAGAGUGAAUCCUACUCAGUGGCAGCAGAAAAUUGCCAUGAAAAUGGAACUACUUGGAUGUCAGUUUAUUCCUAAAGGUCGUCCUCCAAAAUUCACUCAACCUCCACCUCCUCGGAACAGCAAUGACCUCAAAAACACUACAGCCCCUCCAAAAAUAGCCAAAGGUCGUGCCCCAAAAUUUACUCAGCCACUACAACCUCGCAGUAGCAAUGAAUUUCCUGCACAGACAGAACAAACAACUGCCACUCCUGAUAUCAGAAAUACUACUGUAACUCCAAAUGUAACCAAAGAUGUGGCCCUGGCCGCCGUCCUUGUCCCAGUGCUGGUCAUGGUCCUCACAACGCUCAUUCUUAUACUAGUAUGUGCGUGGCAUUGGAGAAACAGAAAGAAAAAGACUGAAGGCACCUAUGAUUUACCUUACUGGGACAGGGCAGGUUGGUGGAAAGGAAUGAAGCAGUUUCUCCCUGCCAAAUCGGUGGAACAUGAGGAAACUCCAGUUCGCUACAGCAGUAGCGAGGUUAAUCACUUGAGCCCAAGAGAAGUCACCACAAUGCUGCAAACAGACUCUGCAGAAUAUGCACAGCCACUUGUGGGAGGAAUCGUUGGCACACUCCAUCCAAGAUCUACCUUUAAACCAGAAGAAGGAAAAGAGGUGGGCUACGCUGACCUAGAUCCUUACAACUCUCCAGUGCAAGAUGUUUAUCAUGCCUACGCUGAGCCACUCCCAGUUACUGGGCCAGAAUAUGCAACCCCAAUCGUCAUGGAUAUAUCAGGGCACCCCACAGCUUCAGUUGGUCUGCCUUCAACGUCCACUUUCAAAGGUACAGGAAACCAGCCUCCCUCUUUGGUGGGAACAUACAACGCUCUUAUCGCCAGGACUGACAGCUGUUCCUCAGCCCAGGCCCAGUACGAUACCCCAAAAGGUGGGAAGCAGGGUCCAAGUGCCCCCGAGGAGAUGGUGUAUCAGGUGCCACAGAGCACGCAGGAGGUAGCAGCAGCAGGGAGGGAUGGUGAAUGUGAUGUUUUCAAAGAAAUCCUUUGAGGGUGAUGCUGCUUUUUACAAAGCAUUUUAAAGCACAUGGCCUUGGCUUUUUUUGUGUGUGUGCUAGUGGUAGUAAUAUAUAGACUGUAUUUCGUAUCUGUCACAGCUGUGGUUGGAGGAAAUGUGGUUACCGGGGUACAGGAAACUACUAAUCUUGCCAUCUUGCUCUUAAAAGUGUUGUGUGGCAGUUACUGCUUGCCUAUUGCAUUUUGAACAUCCUGUUGUUACUACUGUAAGACGCUAUUUUUAAUACAGAAAAGGUUUCUUACUAUGCACUUCAAAGAAAUUAAAUCACUGAAAGUAUUUAUUACCAAUGCUGCAGAUACAUUAAUGAACUCGAGAGGGCUCUGUAAGCCUAAUUGGCAAUAAUGCAUGGUACUGUUCUAGAAUGUCUAAUGGCUUGAAAUCUUGCUCUUUGUGAAAGGUAGGUACUACCAUGGUUUCCUGCUCUUCUGUAUUUUCUAGAAUUUUAAAAAAAUUAAUGAUAGAAUCAUUUUUUGUUUGUAGUCAUACACAAUUGUCUUUUACUUAGGAAGAUCUAUAGCUGCGAAACUGACUUGUAGUGAGCAGGGCAAUUGCUUCUUUUCACUUUCAACACUCUCAAGAGCUUUUAACACUUCAUGGUACAUGGCUUGGUCUCAUGGCUGCUUAUUCCUCCUGGGGCCCUUUGGUGGCCAGCCCCAUUCUUAAGUUCAUAAUGCUUGCUUAAUUGAGUUCUUGAAUUCAGAUCCUGUCUUUAAGUGGAUACUUCUCUGUGGGAACAGGAGUAACUUUACAGUUUAAAGUUAAGAGAGGAAAUUUUGUCUCUGUCCCUUGCACCCAACUGUAUUUGCUAUGGGAAUUUGUUUAGGAAAAUGGUUAAAGCUUGAGGACUUUUAAGUGAACCCUAUAAAAACGUAUGACAGUGAAAGGCAAAAUCAUUCUGCUGAGAAGUAACCAGAUUUGUCCUCUUUGAAUCUCAAGCUGAUUGUUAACUAGAAUUUUAAAAUUUGCUUUCAUGGUCAACUAUUCUAAGAAAUAUAAACUCAGAUGUAUUAUUCAGCUCUGCAUUCUAGCAAGUGACUAUCCAGGUCUUAUUUCUGAUACCUCUGGGCAACUUCUUUGUCCCCACUUAUCUAGAAGUUGUCUUCAAUUUCUUUGUGUAGUGUAAAAAACACCUUUUUAGACUGUCAAAGUGACUUACCUUCUUCUGUAAAUAUUAGUUUGUAGACUUAAUAUUAGAUGUGUUUUCUCAUCAGGGCCUAGUCAUUUAUUUUGGCCUGCCCCCAAAUUAUGUCAAAAGUCACUAUAUUGAACAGUGUUCAUUUUGCUCGUUUCCAAGAAUAUCAGCCAUCGGAAACAGAACUAUUGAUCUCCGCAGACUCUGCUUUCUAGUUGCAUGAUGGCUGUUAAAGGUUUUAUUUUCGUUUCCAAUUUUUCUUGUUCAAAGUAACAUUUGUUUCAAAGUAUUUGAAACAAAGCACAGAUACUGAACUUUAUAAAAUAUGAAUGUGUAAAAAGCACAUGUAACAAUGCAGUCAUCCCCUUUCAGGUGGGAAAAGUAAACCAAUUGCUUUAUUUUUUUAUUCAUCUUUAGUACAGAGAAUAUACUUUUCUUCAAAUCAUAUGCUUGUUUGAAGCUUUAAGAGAAACAUUUCCAGUAACUAUUUCAUUUUCCCAAAGAUGCUUGCUAUUUUUAUGUAAUUGUGUGCACCUGAUUUUUUCCCCCAUGGAACUUAGAGGCAAAUGUUUUCUUUAAAUGAUGCGUACUUUAAGACUUGAUUCAUAGUGCCACUCUGCUGAUAAACUACCAAUGAUUUUUACACAAGUUUUUACUACUUUUAUAUAUCUUACUUUCCAAAUGAAGAGCUGAGCCUGAUACAAAGGUUUGUUUGGUUUUGUACUUUUGAGUUUGUUUUCAUAGUAAUGAAGAAUUGUUUUUGUUGUUUUUCUACUUUUUAUGUCCUGUGUGUGUGUGUGUGUGUAUAUAUAUAUAUAUAUAAAUAGCUUUGGAGACAAUCAAGUAACAACUGUGAAAGUAACCAUAAAAAAUUCUUAAUUUUAAAUCUUUUAGGUGUUUCAAGAAUUAAGUCACUGUGUUAUAUUGGAUUUCUUUUCCAAUACAAUUAUAAAAAUAGAAUCAGUGGUGCAGCAAAUGUGGCCAUUAUCAGUUUCAUAAAAUUACACUAACUUCGCUGUUACUUGAUCUUAGGAAACCAGCACAAUUAAAGAUUGUGAAUGUUGAUUUAUAUUUUAUUAACUAUAAAUCUAAAUAGAUCCUAUUAUAUGUUCAGGAUCUAGUCCAGUUAUUUAAGUUCAUGUUUCACUAUUUGCACUUUGCAUUGAACAAUGGGUUUAUUCACUGAUGAAAUAGUUCAAUAGAGAAUUUUUUAUACAGUCAUCGAAAUUGACAUUAUGCAUAUACUUGCCCUUCCUCCCCCGGGGGAAGCAGAAAAUGAGCUCAUCUAAACGUGACAUAAUUCUAUGGAAAGUGAUAAUGGUUGAACUUCUCUGCCUUGGCUCCACAUUGUUACCUGGAGAGCAAAAGCAAUAUGGAAACACCAUGUCAGAUAAUAAAAUUAGAACUGAGUAGGUGGGAUAGACAGAGCUUUUGAAACCAUGAAUCUCUACCUAAAAUAAAUUACCUUGUCCCUACCUCUCAAUUUGAACUUGAAGUCCCUAAACUGCAAAACCUAAAUCAGAGUUGUGUGCUUAUUUAUAUACUUUUUAGGUCAACUGUGGCACCAACUCUUAUUUAAUUCAACUUGUGAUUAGUUUCUUCUUCAUCUCUUUUUUUUGGGGGGUUGGGGGGGAACAGAGGGGAAGAAGGAUGCUGGGAAAGGUAGGGGGAAAAAAAAGUUUGAAAUGCAUAUUAGAAAUAAAAGUGGCUUGAGUGUCAGUGAUAUUCUCCCAGAAUGUACUUUUCUUACCUCGGCAUGUACUGUAGUCACUCAGUGUUUGUAUAUGUUGCUAGAAUUUAGACUGUAUAAAUAGAUUUUAAUGUGUUCAUGUUUUUAAUAAAUUGUAUAGUAUGUGUCUUGCUCUGA